AUGGUAUCUUUAGCCACCCAUUUCACAUCCUUCGUCUUCCUUCUCCCACUGGGCAUCCGCCGCCUCUUCUGCUCCUCCUCUCUGUACCUCAAGAACCCCGCCGUCUUCAGAUCAAGAAUCUGGUAUUUCUCUGAGCCCAAAUGGAAAAACAUUGAUUUCUACGCUCUCCUCAUUGUUCUUCCCCUUGCCUCCUUCUCCCUCGUGUUCCUCUUCUUGGCAUUUUCUGUUCACCCCACUUACGGCUUCACACUGUUGAACCAAUCCUUAGUCAUUUUCCUGUUCUGGGUGCUCAUGAUCCUCAUAAUCGCCAAGGAAAGUUUUGAUCUUUACAGUAUCCCAGAGAGUUUCUUAUUCAUGUAUGCUGGAAUUGCAUUUUAUAUUGAGUUCUUGAUGAAUGGGAAUGGAAUAGUGGGGCUUGGUGGUGAUCUGUAUGGGGUUUUGGGUGUGUUAGCUCUAAUUUGUGUUGCUUGUUGCAUGUUCUUGGCGAUCAGACCCACGGCUUUCCUUGGGGAGUUUUUACUUUCCUCUGUACUUAUUCUCAAGGGGACUUGGGUUUUGCAAGUGGGGUUAUCAUUAUAUACUGACACAAUUGGGUUUAAAGGGUGUGAGAAAAUUACUGAAGAUGUGAUUAAAGGGAAUGCUGAUGUUAAGUGUCCACUUGAGGAUGAUAUCUUGAGGGGUGUGGCACUGAUGAAUUUGUUGUUUGUUGGGCAUGUGAUUCUGGUCAUGAUCUUGAGCUUCCUGCUUUUCGGAGUGGCGAAUUGGAACCGAAACUCGAGGUCUGGAGAGACUAAUGGGCCAUUGCUAGCUGAAAUUAGACCCGAGAGUGGGGUGAUGCACCAGCUUUCUGAAUUCGAGUUAGAAUGA